AUGACUUCACCGGCACUAGAAUUUGAUGAUGAAGGUGUACGUUUCAUGCAAAGAUUUCGAAUGUACAGGAAUUUGGGAAGUCCAGCAAUAUUCACAUAUAACGAUUAUAAAAAAGUGACAAAUUGGGACCACGUUAGUACACUGGAUCUUUUGAAUGCAUCUUUGCAAAAUUUUCAAUCUGCUAAAAUAACUUUGGCCAAGUUAAAAAAUUUAAAUGUAUCCGAGUGUAGAAUGGAAUUCGGUGAAGUUGAAUUUAAAGAGAUCAUGGAUCCUAAGAUGGACAGUGGAAUGAUCCUUGAAAGUGAUCUCAAGAAAAAAAAUUUUAAUCUACAAGCUAGAUUAAAACCUGAACAAGUUCUUGGAAUAAUUAAUAAUUUAUUUAUAUGCGAGGAGGAAGAUUUUUCUUUAAAUAAAUAUAACAUUACGAUUUAUGAAGAUUUUCCUGAAUCGGAAGUAUUAAAAUUAUUGGGUGAUGCAGAAAAUUGGUUGAGAAAUAACGGUAGCCAAUGGAUACGCAAUAAUGGAAAAAAUGCUCAAAAAGAAAUUGCUAAUUGCAGUAAAUUAUUAAAUGAAAUUAAGAGUGAAGAUACUGCUGAUUUAGAAAUCGAUGUAGAUGAUGCGUUUGAUCCUUUAAUUAAUCGAAAAUUUGUAUCACAAACACCACCACGACCAAUUCAACUUUUAACAUUACAAGAGGCAAUUAUUUUAAAAUCGAAAUUUUCAUUGGAUGAAAUGUUGAAUUUAUUAAAAAACCUUAAUUCAACAUGUCUAAUCAUUGAUUAUAUAUCAGCAACUAGUUUAAUGAAUUUCUUGCAUUAUUAUGCUGCUCAAAAACCUACAUCAUGUGCUUUCUCAAGGUCAUUAUUACAAUCAACAAUUCGUUCAGAAGAACGUGUUCUAGGCAAAAUGCCAAUUUUUCAAUUGGUAAAGGAUUCUAUAACAGAAUUGACAAAUCCACCAUAUGUUUAUUUUGUAUCAAAAAUUGAACUUCUUACUUCAGCUGGUCAUAAUACAAUAUAUUCAGAUGAAGUCAGAAAAAAAAUUUCAAAAUUGGUUCAUGUAUUUGUUGACAGUUCAGAAAAGCCUUUGAUGGAUCUUUGCCAAAUUUUAUGUCAUAAUCGUUCAAGACAACGAAGAAAUAUGUGUAAUGUUUUAACAGAUUGGGAAUUGUUACAAGAAAAGGCAGAACAUAUCGACUUAGAGUUGCAAGGAUUGACUGGUGAAUCGCCAUUAAUAACAAAAGAAGGACCUUCAUUUUCUUUUCAUCUUUCUUCUUGGGUUUAUCAUCGGAAACUAACAUUAAUUGAGGACAUUUUAUUUAUUGGCUUUGAAUUAGAAUUAUAUGGAACACAUGAAUUUCCAAUGAUUUAUUGGUAUAUUGAUUAUUUAUUAGGUGUUCAUUAUCAACAUUUGGACAGAAUUUCUAUUCAUGCAAAUGACCAUCGAAAAUCAAAUCUAAGAAGCAUAUCACUUUCAAAAUCCAUUACAUCAUUAAUAAUUAAUCAGCAAAUUUUAACAAUGGCUAAACAAGAUUUAUGCCGAGGAAUUUAUAGAGCUAUACCAGCAUUACAGAGAACUGGUCGUAUGACUUCACCGGCACUAGAAUUUGAUGAUGAAGGUGUACGUUUCAUGCAAAGAUUUCGAAUGUACAGGAAUUUGGGAAGUCCAGCAAUAUUCACAUAUAACGAUUAUAAAAAAGUGACAAAUUGGGACCACGUUAGUACACUGGAUCUUUUGAAUGCAUCUUUGCAAAAUUUUCAAUCUGCUAAAAUAACUUUGGCCAAGUUAAAAAAUUUAAAUGUAUCCGAGUGUAGAAUGGAAUUCGGUGAAGUUGAAUUUAAAGAGGAGGAAGAUUUUUCUUUAAAUAAAUAUAACAUUACGAUUUAUGAAGAUUUUCCUGAAUCGGAAGUAUUAAAAUUAUUGGGUGAUGCAGAAAAUUGGUUGAGAAAUAACGGUAGCCAAUGGAUACGCAAUAAUGGAAAAAAUGCUCAAAAAGAAAUUGCUAAUUGCAGUAAAUUAUUAAAUGAAAUUAAGAGUGAAGAUACUGCUGAUUUAGAAAUCGAUGUAGAUGAUGCGUUUGAUCCUUUAAUUAAUCGAAAAUUUGUAUCACAAACACCACCACGACCAAUUCAACUUUUAACAUUACAAGAGGCAAUUAUUUUAAAAUCGAAAUUUUCAUUGGAUGAAAUGUUGAAUUUAUUAAAAAACCUUAAUUCAACAUGUCUAAUCAUUGAUUAUAUAUCAGCAACUAGUUUAAUGAAUUUCUUGCAUUAUUAUGCUGCUCAAAAACCUACAUCAUGUGCUUUCUCAAGGUCAUUAUUACAAUCAACAAUUCGUUCAGAAGAACGUGUUCUAGGCAAAAUGCCAAUUUUUCAAUUGGUAAAGGAUUCUAUAACAGAAUUGACAAAUCCACCAUAUGUUUAUUUUGUAUCAAAAAUUGAACUUCUUACUUCAGCUGGUCAUAAUACAAUAUAUUCAGAUGAAGUCAGAAAAAAAAUUUCAAAAUUGGUUCAUGUAUUUGUUGACAGUUCAGAAAAGCCUUUGAUGGAUCUUUGCCAAAUUUUAUGUCAUAAUCGUUCAAGACAACGAAGAAAUAUGUGUAAUGUUUUAACAGAUUGGGAAUUGUUACAAGAAAAGGCAGAACAUAUCGACUUAGAGUUGCAAGGAUUGACUGGUGAAUCGCCAUUAAUAACAAAAGAAGGACCUUCAUUUUCUUUUCAUCUUUCUUCUUGGGUUUAUCAUCGGAAACUAACAUUAAUUGAGGACAUUUUAUUUAUUGGCUUUGAAUUAGAAUUAUAUGGAACACAUGAAUUUCCAAUGAUUUAUUGGUAUAUUGAUUAUUUAUUAGGUGUUCAUUAUCAACAUUUGGACAGAAUUUCUAUUCAUGCAAAUGACCAUCGAAAAUCAAAUCUAAGAAGCAUAUCACUUUCAAAAUCCAUUACAUCAUUAAUAAUUAAUCAGCAAAUUUUAACAAUGGCUAAACAAGAUUUAUGCCGAGGAAUUUAUAGAGCUAUACCAGCAUUACAGAGAACUGGUCGUAUGACUUCACCGGCACUAGAAUUUGAUGAUGAAGGUGUACGUUUCAUGCAAAGAUUUCGAAUGUACAGGAAUUUGGGAAGUCCAGCAAUAUUCACAUAUAACGAUUAUAAAAAAGUGACAAAUUGGGACCACGUUAGUACACUGGAUCUUUUGAAUGCAUCUUUGCAAAAUUUUCAAUCUGCUAAAAUAACUUUGGCCAAGUUAAAAAAUUUAAAUGUAUCCGAGUGUAGAAUGGAAUUCGGUGAAGUUGAAUUUAAAGAGUCACAAAAUAGUCCUGAAAAUACUUUAGUUAAUAAACCAGUGAAUUUGGAGUUUAUUUAUCAUCCAUGGUAUCCCGUUAUUCAAUUAAAACAAUGA